AUGGAGUUCGUUGAAAUUUCUGAGGAUACAAAAUGGUGGAUUUUCACCGUUCCUGCCAUUCUGGAAUUUUCAAACAUGCAUGGCUCAGGUUUUGUGUUAUUCUGUAUUUUCAUUGGUUUCUUGACUUUUGGGCUAAUAGGUUGGGCUUUUUCUACUGGUGGGCCAGCUUGGAAAAAUGGACGGAACAAAUUGGGCCGAGUUUCUAUUCCUGGGCCCAGAGGGCUUCCAAUUUUUGGUAGCUUGUUCAGCUUGAGCCAUGGCUUGGCUCACCGUACUCUAGCUUGCAUGGCUUCGACUCAUGCGGCAACCCAAUUAAUGGCUUUCAGCUUGGGUUCUACCCCUGCUGUGGUGACCUCUGAACCCCACAUUGCUCGAGAAAUUUUGACCUCCCCACACUUUGGUAACCGUCCAAUCAAACAGUCGGCUAAACAGCUCAUGUUCAGCCGAGCUAUUGGGUUCGCUCCCACUGGGGCCUACUGGCGUAUGUUAAGAAGAAUUGUAUCAUCCCACCUUUUUUCGCCCAGUAAUAUAUUAGCCCAUGAGCCAUGGCGUCAGCUAGAAUGCGUAGCCAUGGUGAAUGCAAUAGCCACGGAACAAGCCAGCCAAGGUUUUGUCUUUCUCAGAAAGCACUUACAAGCUGCUUCUUUGAACAACAUAAUGGAUAUUGUCUUUGGUAAAAGGUAUGAUCUUACACGAUAUGAUAACGAGGCCAAAGAGCUGCAUGAAAUAGUGAUAGAAGGAUUUGAGCUCUUGGGAGCUUUCAAUUUGUCUGAUCAUUUGCCAUGGUUGAAGUAUUUUUUCGAUCCUUUUUGCAUUCAAGAACGUUGUGCAGCUCUUGUUCCUAGAGUAAAAAAACUCAUCAAACAAAUCAUCGAUGAACAUCAAAAUAAGAAUUCCUUUAAAGUAUCCAAUAAUUGUGGUUUCAUCCAUGUUUUACUCUCAUUGGAUGGUGAAGAGAAGCUUGAUGAGAAUGAUAUGGUGGCUGUCUUAUGGGAAAUGAUAUUUCGCGGCACUGAUACAACGGCACUGCUGACAGAAUGGGUAAUGGCGGAACUUGUCCUAAAUCCCCAAGUUCAAACAAAAAUUAUAACCGAACUUGACACUAUCAUGGGAAACAAAGGUAUCACAGAUGCUGACAUUCCUAAGUUGCCCUACCUUAACGCCGUGGUGAAAGAGACACUCCGUUUGCAUCCACCAGGACCCCUCUUGUCGUGGGCCCGUCUCUCGACCGCCGAUGUCCACCUGAGCAACGGCAUGAUAAUUCCGGCGAAUACUACUGCAAUGGUGAACAUGUCGGCCAUAACACAUGACCCUAAUGUGUGGAAUGAUCCCUUGAUUUUCAAACCAGAAAGGUACCUACCAUCUGCUGGCGGUGUAAAUGUGGAUGUGAGAGGGAAUGACUUGAGGCUUGCGCCAUUUGGGGCUGGAAUUAGGGUUUGUCCUGGAAAGAGCCUAGGGAUAGCGACAGUGAGCCUGUGGGUGGCUAAGUUGGUGCACCAUUUUGAAUGGGUUCAAAAUAUCGCUCAGCCUGUUGAUCUCAGUGAGGUCUUGAAGCUCUCUUGUGAGAUGAAGAAGCCACUCUCUGCUGUGGCCAUUCCAAGGGUUAAUGGUGCCUUGCAUGUCUAG